AUGUCAUCUGGAGGUUCUUGGACCAUCAACAGCCGCACUGGCACUAUGCCUGUGUUCAUUACUCAAUGCACCGAGUGGAAGCGCGAUUCUUUCACUUCACUCUCCACCGACAUCUCCAUUGACGAGUUCAACAUCGCAUUCGACGAAGCCAAGGAAAUUCCAUACUCGCCAACAGAAAGUAUCACGGGUUCGAUAUCAAAGGAGUUUCUCCCAAGCACGCCUGUUCAAGUUGAUGGACAGGCAGUUCCCCUACCAGACCCACCUGUUCUUGCGCGGCCUGAUCCUGUGCUCGACAUCCACUCAGUUCCUCGGAUACCCACCGCUCUCAACUACCUUAUCACUAUUUGUGUUGCAAUCGUUUAUCUAGACAUCGUAGCAUUUUUCACGGCCAGCAAGCGGAGACAACGGAAACCAGAAGUUAUCGGCUAG